AUGAGCCGGCUGCGGCAGCUGAUGGUGUUGAGCCGCGACCUGGCGCGCUCCAAGCAGUUCUACCAGGAGGGGCUCGGGCUCAAGCUGCUGCGCUCGUCGGACACGUUCGCUGAGUUCGACACGCAGGCGGGCGUGCCGCUGUGUAUCAAGCUGGCGCAGAGUGAGGCCGCGUGCAGCAGCGGCUACUCGCCGUUCCUGAACUUCGACAUUCUGGACCUAAGCGACGCCGUGCCGCGGCUGCUGAUGCUGGGGGCGAUCAUGGACGGCCCCAUCAAGUACCCGGCGCACGGGAAGGUAGCGGCGCUGCGGUCCCCCGACGGGGUCAUGAUUGGGCUGUACGAGCCCAACUCGUGGGACAACGUCACUUCAGCCUGA